AUGGCCGGUCCUAGCAAGUCUCUGGUCCUUGACCCGGCCCUGCAGAAAUACUACGAACUCAAUGCGAAUCGCUACAAGUACUUCCGCUGGACGCCGCGCCAUGCCUGGAUCUCCUUCAUCUACAUGGCUUUGAUCCCCGGAGCGCUGGGCUACCUUGCCUACAAGACUGAUGGCAAGUACGAAUGGCGUGGAAAGAGGAAAGGAGACACUAUUGCCGAGUGGUAG